ACGCUUCAGACUCUAGGGGUCCCCAUCCUUCAGCAUCUACCUCUCGCGCACAAUUCGUUCUGUGCAGCGAGCAGGGAAACAGACGGCGUACGCGCGGAGCCCAGAAGGACCCGAGACACACAUCUUCAGUGAUAUCACGGCGAACUUUUUGAUUUACCAGGCACUCUGAUGGAGACGAAGAACAGGAACCCUUGCAUAUUUGGAUGAAUAGCGGGACGGUUAAAUAAUCGUGACUGUACACUUCAAUGACUUCGGUGAGAAGACAUUCUUAUCCUCCUACCUGUGUGGGAUUUUCAGCCGAACUGGGAGUCGCGAUGUCUGUUCUAGUUCGUUCGUUGUUCCUAGUUCUGCUGGGCCAGAUGGGCGUGUGCGCCCAGACGGAGAUGAAGAAGGUCGUCGGGGACAACGCCACGUUGCCGUGCCACCACCAGUUCUGGCAGGCGGGGACCACCACCCUGGACAUCGAGUGGCUACUGCAGAAGCCCAACUCCAAGCAGACAGUGGUCAUCACCUACUUCGGGGGCACAGUGUACGACCCCAGCGAGAACGACCUCAGCCGGCUCGCCUUCGCGGGGGACUUCCUGAAGGGGGACGCCUCCCUGCUGAUCAGUGACCUCGUGCUGUCCGACUCCGGAGAGUACAGCUGCAAGGUGAAGAUCGGGGGGAAGUACCACUGGGCUGCCGUCAACCUCAUAGUACUGGUCAAGCCCUCCAAGCCCCGGUGCUGGAUGGAGGGGCGUCUGCUGGAGGGCAGCGACGUGAAGCUGAGCUGCCGGUCGGCCGACGGGUCCGAUCCCAUCCAGUACAAGUGGGAGCGAGUCCUGGACAAGGGCCGGACCAUGGGGAGGCUGCCGCCCCUGGCCCUCAUCGAUCUGAAGAACCCCGAGAUCGUCACCCUGAGAAACCUGAGCCACGACAGCACGGGCGUGUACAAGUGCACGGCCAGCAACGACGUGGGCGAGGAGAGCUGCAUCAUCGAGGUCACCAUGCACUAUGUCCGGGGAGUGGGCGUGGUGGCGGGUGCGGUGGUGGGCGUGUCCUUUGGGGUCCUCCUCAUCAUCCUCAUCGUGUGGCUCGUUCUCCGCAAGAAGGAGAAGAAAAAGUAUGAGGAAGAGGAAACACCCAAUGAAAUCAGAGAGGACGCCGAGGCCCCCAAGGCCAAGCUGGUGAAGCCCAACUCGCUCUCCUCGUCCCGUUCUGGCAGCUCCCGCUCGGGCACCUCCUCCACGCAGUCCAUGGUGCACAACACCGCCCCCCGGGGGCCCCGCCCUCGCCCUCCGCCCGCUGCCGUGCUCAAAGAGAACGGCCAGCCCCCCAGCUUCCCCCCGACCCCCCCGGCCUACACGCAGGUGGCGCCCAAGACCCCCGAGCCGGGCACCCCCAAACUCAGCCCCGGGAACCUGACCAGGAUGGGGGCCACGCCCGUGAUGAUCCCCGCCCAGACCAAGGCCUUCCAGACUGUGUAGAGCCCCCACCCCCCCACCCCCCCCCCAGAAUGACCCUAAAAGGAGGAGGACUGGUGUGGUAAAAAAAAAAGAAAAACUAAAAGAGAAUAAAAUCACCAUAUCCCUGAUCCCAUAGAAACGGCCUCUUUACAAAAAAUACAAAUAAUAAAAAAACUAAAACUGCAACAUCAAAUAAUAACGGAUAUGAAUAAAGGAAUCAAUAGCAAAACAAGAAGUUAAAUGAAUGCUUAUUAAAAAGGGAAAUAAGAAGUGCUUGCCCCUUCUGAAUAUAAAAAGAAAAAAAAAACAGUUAAGUUACAGCAUCUCUCUCAGUCUCUUUAUGAUUUUUAUACUUUUUUUAUUUUAAACUGAAGACUCAGAGGGUCGUGGGUGGCAGUGAGGAGGAUACUGAGUUUUAUUUCCUUUUGCAAUGAAAAGAGCGUGGGUUAGCAUGGUUUGGCGUGCGCUGCGACUGUUUCCAGGUUCCGAGAGGAGAUUAGAACACGAAGAGCCAAAGGCAGUUCCGCUGCCCCUAGGCGAUUGGUUGCUGACACCGCGCCACGACCAUGUUCUCAUUUACCAGGCCAAACCAGAUGAACAUCGGAAUAAAACGAAAGAAAGAAAAAAGAUAGCACUGCUUCCUUCUGAGCACCUGUUUCUCUCGAGGUCAGGCUCUAUUGCAAGGUUUCACCAAUCCACCAAUCGGAAGCCCCCUUCAGGCCCCACCAGCAUUCCUUUCCCAGAACUCCAGCCAAUGACAGACGGCAAGAGCUGCAUGUGGAAAUCCUGAGGACACGGUCUCACCGUUUCCUAGCCAACCUGCAGAUGAAGACCACGUACUGUCAAGGCUGGAGGUUUCCUCUCCGCAUCGCUGCAGUUUGAGGAUGAGUCAUGUGACUUCGUAAGAACCACGGUGAUCUGUUCAGUAGACAUUUUACGUGCUAGUCUAAAAUGGGAAAGUAUGGAGAGGAACCGAUGACCCGGUAGCAAUGGACUUCUGUCCUUGUGCUGUUUCCUGUUUUGUUUACAACUUCAAAAAUAUGUGGAGCUGUUUGGUACAUCCCCUUAAAAAUAUAUUAAAUUAAAUAUAUUUGAUUAAUCAUA